UGAUUUGCAACGCGUUUAGUGUGUUCGGUAUAAUCGGAGUAUCCUUAUUCCUGCUUGGAAGUGACGCUAUGCGCAUGUGGGAUUAUGAGCUCAUUUCGAUUGAGGCCUCCACCUCGGAUCCAGACAAGCUUUCCAAUGAUUUCAGAGUAAAACAAAAUCGCAAGGGGGAAAUCUACUUUGAUGGAUAUAUUUAUUUCAAUUAUGACUUUGAUAACUCUGGAACUAUGGUUGAAAGCAGUGCAAUGCGUAGUCAAGCUGGAAAUGAGAAUGAAUAUGCUCCAGUGAUCUGGAGUAUACCAAAGGAAACGUACGACGAAUUCAUGGAAAAUUACUAUAAAGACAUAAUCUAUAGUAAUGUUGGAACUUGCACCAAUUUGCCAGAGCCAGAAAAUAUUGUUCCAUGGAAAAAUCACAACUAUACUUUUGUUAACUGCAAAAUCGAGCCGCAUGGCUUCCCCGAUAUAGUUCCCCAAGGUUACUAUAGGGUGAAUUUCAAAGUAACUGGGGAAGUAAAUUGGGGUUUUGUGGGAGUCGUCAGGGUAUUUGAUAAAUAUGGGCAUUGAAUAUUGAAUAAAAAAUUC